UUCCACACACUACCUUCUGCUUCAGAAUAGAGAAACUCACAAAAUUCACAGAGAACACCGCCAGAAUGGACACCAUGGAACGGAAGCAUUUUCGACUGGGGAUCUUUCUCGCCCCACCCUCCACCAUCGAUGUCGACCCGGCCGACUUUGCUCUACGCACAAAGUUGGAACUGAUCGGCAAGGAUACCUUGUGUGACAUUAAGGCCAUCAAUGUCGACGACACGACCACCCAAAUUUCCAUACAUUCACCUGGCACCAAGGCUGCGCAGGACGCUGCCCAGCGAGUGAGGAAACUACUCAUCGAGGAAGCCGACAUCAAAGACAUGUGGAGAACCAAUGGCCUGCUGUGCCCAUCCAAGUCAGGUGCAGAUUACUCGGCCAUCGUGUUUGGUCGUGAUAGAUGCGCUGUCGUCCCCUCAGCAUCGGCCCCAACCGUCUCGGAAACCACCUCUGGGACUCAUCAAGCCAAGUAUAAGGCCCAGCUGUCUGAUAUUCUUGACCGGGCCGUCGGAUCACUUGUCCGAGACCCAAACAAGAUGCAGAUGCGUGUCAAGAUCGGCUACCUACAGCGACGUGAAAUUUGGAACCCAGAGAAGAGGAGGUACAACUCGGCCGAAAUGGAGCGUGAGCUAGAGUAUGCCGCCUUCCGCGACGUAAUCAAUCUUUCACCAUAUGUUCCUGUCGAUGUGGUUGAAGCCCUCAGAGUCGCCCUGAUCAACGGGGAUGAAAGUUUGCCAGCAGUGGUCCGAGAGAGCGUUGACUCCGACUCCGAACCCGAGUUCUCCCUAUAUAUAGUCACGCCAAAUUUGGAGAUCGAGUGUAUGGUAGAAGGCGUUAAGGCGGGCAGAGGCCGAAAGCCUAGAAUCAUGCCCGUGUGCGCCUAUCAACGAGCCAAAGUCUACAACGAAUUCUCAGUCCUCAAUGCUUGCCCCGACAGAGGUACUGAUUGGGAGUUGAAGAUUUCCCAGGAGGUCAGCCGCAGGGAAGGCAGGCCCCGUCUACCUUUGACUGAAGAUGACAUGGCUAGGCUCACCAAGAUCAGCCAAGGUACAUAUGCAGGUGGCUUCCCCAAGAUUUCGGUGUCUCAAGAGUUCAUCAAGAAGAACAAGGUGACGAACAUUGUGGGCAAGGUCAUCUGGACCCUGGAGCUGAGUUUCAAGUAUAGCCUUGAGAUUACGGUGUACCAUUCGUUCGGAACGAACACAACGAAGCCUCCGACUACGACAACUCUGCUCUCCAUAUUCAGUCCUGACUGGGACGAUCACCUCGGGCUCCCCGUUACGAUUCCGCGGGAAUGGGACAAGAGUUUUGCCACUCAACUCCUGACCUCGAGAGACAAGACCCAGGUCCCAUACCCCUUGACGCAGGCUGGUGGCGAUGAGCAUCCACUGGAUGAGUUUUUGUCGUGGGUAUCGUGGGUGCAGGAGAUGCUUGAUAACCUGCUGAGUGCAGGGGCAAAGGGCUCGAGCCGAGUCGUGUCCUGAUGGAACAUUCGAAGAAUUGGAUGGCGAAUGCCACUUGGGCUAUUGGGAUUAGGGAGGUGACCGUCUAGUUUAUGGUGGGUUGUAGGAUGAUGGCACUGGGGAGAGAAGCAUGGAGCCUUCGUGGGCUAUGUAUUAUAUCUCUUCUUGUUGUUUUAUAUCAUAGGGGAAGUUCAGG